AUUAACAUUGAUUGAAGUUGGUUUUCUGAAGUGCUUUGUUAAACUUUAGUUGAAGUUGAACUUACAGACACCCGAGUUGCUUUAUGUCUUGGCUCAGCGGCUUAGCUUCUAUGCCUUUGGUUAUUUCUUUGUCGCGGCUGAUGGAUGGAUAACAUAUAGCAGCAUGCACAAUUUUAACAUUAUAUUUAUAAAUAUAUGUGGGUCUCUAAUAUUUAAAAAAAUUUACAGUGUACAAACAAUGGCGGAUUGAUUAGGAUUCAGGGAACUUGGAGCGAAGUUUCUUUGAAGCAUCAGAUAUUCUAAUCUUGAGCCACUGUAUUAAUUUCAGCUAAAAUUAUAUUUUAAAGCAACAGAGCAACUCCAACAACCACGAAUCCAUUCCCAGAUUGCCCAACCUCUCAUUCAUUUUUCCCACACUACCCACUUUCAUUCAAUCUUUCCCUAAAUACCCACCUUUUGUACUUCAGCCAUGAAAAAAACAAAAAGCCUGGCCCACAUGCUCUUAAAUCAAUGCACAGGUAAUUUUAUCUUAUACACCUACAUGCAUAAAUUGCAACAAGCCACCCAAAUUUCAUAUAACUUACGUAUCUACUUUCAUCAAAUUUAAAUUCAUUUUUAACAUAUUUAUACAUUAAAAAUAACUAAAAAUUAUAUAUUAAAAAAUAUUUAAUAAAUAAUAACAAUAUGUCAUUAUAUAUAAUCUAAUACAUUAUAUAAUUUUGAUACUUUUUAUGAGUUAUCAAAUCAACUAUUUACAAAAUAAUAUAUACUGCACAAUAUCUAGCUUUUUGAAAAAUAAUGCUUAACUUUACAGGCUUUUGUCUACUCAAAUUUAAAGUGUAUUGUCUACUCAAUUUUAAAUGCAGAAUUGUCAUUUCAACUGUUUGGCUUUAUAUCAACUCAACUAUUCAUACUUUAUGUCUUGUCCAAUUGCUAAAUUUUGGAUCUAAAUUUUCGGAUGGCUAUAUAUACCUUGCAAUAUGUGCUGAUAUAUAUCAAGCUAAUCAGGUUUGUUUUUGUUUGCAUUUUUUUAGUUCAUGUAUUUUAGUAUGCUAUACUAAUAAUCUUACUAUUUUUUGCAGAUGGAGAAUUCUAUCGAUGAUGAUAUAAUGAGAUCGAAUCUUAUCUAUAAUUUGAGUAGAGACGAUGAAUUUAGUGCUUUACAUGAUUCAGAAAUUGGAACAGAUGGGGAUGACACUGAUGAUGGUGGUGAUUCUGAGUCGACAAAUAGUGAUAAUGAUGAAGAUGAUGAAGAAUAUGUUCCUACUGCACCAUGGUUCACAGAAGAAGCCACUUCUAACAAGUUUAGCAAUAGUUCAGGUGCUCCUUCUAACUUAAACUCUCUUACUGAUGACUUGUUUGUUGGCCAAUGUUUUGUAGAUAAGCAAACUGCCAUAAAUGCAAUACAAACGAGUAAUAUAAGAGAUUCUAGAAAUUAUCGUGUUUCCAAGAGCGAUACAACAAGAUUUGAGGCGAAAUGUAUCGUAGACGAAUGUCCAUGGAAAAUUCGUGUUAUAAAACGAAAGUCGAGUGGUUAUUUUCAAAUAACAAAACUGCCUGCCGAACAUACUUGUCUUUUGAGAACACUUCAACGGGAUCAUAAGAAACUCAGCUCGAGCUUAAUCGCUAGUGUUAUAAAACAACAAAUCACGGAGAGUCCAUACUUAAAAGUGCAUAAUAUCAUGAAUCAAAUCACAUCUAUGUACCAAUAUCAUGUUAGUUACAAGAAGGCAUGGAUUGGCAAGCAAAAGGCAAUAUCAGAUGUGUAUGGAGAUUGGACAACUUCUUAUUCCAAACUUUCUAGAUUUUUUAGUGCUUUGAUGCAUUAUAAUCCAGGUACGGUUACAUUAAUUGAAGCUGAUCCUAUAAAUCAUAACACAUCUGUGUGUAAGCGUGUGUGGUGGGCAUUUAAACCAAUGAUAGAUGGGUGGCAACAUGCUCGACCAGUUAUAACCAUUGAUGGUACGUUUCUGAAAGGAAGAUACAAUGGAAAGUUGUUGAUUGCUAUGGGUUUUGAUUCACAUUUUCCUGGUUCUCAUUUGAAGAUGUUAUGUUGGUUGGCUGGAAAUACUUCUCAAUUGAGAAAAUUUGAAGCAGUUAUGGACAAGAUAAAAGAGCUUAAUCCUGAUGCUGAGAAGUGGUUACGAAAGAUUCCGUUGGCACGAUGGAGGAUAUCGGUAUGGUCAGGCGACUACAAAUAUGAUUGAAAGUUUCAAUGGACUCUUAAGGUCAGCUCGUUUUCUCCCAGUCACAUCUAUGAUUGAGUAUAUCUAUUAUCGUUCUGUCAAGUUGGUUGUAGAAAGGCGCACUCAAACAUUGAGUGACCUUCAGGAUGGACAUACAUAUUGUAAAAAAUCGAGAGAGCUGUUUGAGAAAAUAGAAGAGAAGGCUUCAGCCCACAAGGUUAUUCCAUAUAAUGAGCAAAGAGGGGUCUUUGAGGUUAUUACUGCACGUUAUCGAACAACGAAUGGAUUUUGGAAAGGAGGAAACAAACACACACUAAAUUUGUUUCAAGGUUUCUGUUCUUGUGGAAAAUAGAGUCGGCAUCACUCUCCAUGUUCACAUAUAGUUGCUGCGUGUUUAGUAUGUAAUCUCGAUUGGAAGCAAUACAUCGAAGGUUAUCACAAUCUAACAAUAUUGUAUGAAAUGUGGAAGUACGAAUUUUAUCCACUACCCAAUCAAGCUUAUUGGACGUUUCCACUAGCAUACAAUUGGGAGAUGUAUGGUACCCUUAUUGCUGACGAAAAUCUGAGGAAGAAGAGGAAGAAACGUGGACAAAGAGGCCAAAGUCAACGUAUUCGAACGGAAAUGGAUAAUUCUCAAAGAGUUAAAACUUGUGGGAGAUGCGGUCAAGAAGGUCAUACAAGACGGAGUCGCCGAUGUCCACAUCACGGGCAUUAGUUUUAAAAAUAUUAUUUUGUUGUAUUUUAAUUAUCAAGUUUAAUUUUAUUUUAAACUUCUUUGAUAAAAUAUUUUAGAAUUGUUAAAUUUAAUAUUAGAUGUUUUUUUUUUU